GUUUCUAUUGGCUCGUCGCUACGCUAAUUGGCCAUAGAGACCGGCUGCCAACUAUUAAGAUAGGCGGAGGGGGGAGCGGGGCGGCUUGCACGGCAGUAGCACACGCACACGCAGACUGGAUUCGGACAUGGAGCACUCAGCCCGUAGCGGGAGUAUCUGUAGAUAUUUCAUGAAUGGCUCAUGCCGAUAUGGCUCAAGAUGCAGUUAUCGACACGAAUAUCCCGCUACGCCGUCAUCUCAGAUAUGUCGGUACUUUCAGAAAGGUGGAUGCUGGUAUGGUGAACGCUGCAGGUACAUCCACGUCCCUCAACCUGAAGGUCAUGCGGCUGGUGCCGGUCGAAGAGGGGCUGUAUCAACAGUCUUCCUCUCAUCAUCAUCCUCCUCAUCUUCCUCCUCUUCGUCUUCAGUCUCCUCCAUGGUCCAACCUCCAGCUGACCGAAGGGCGUCAGAGGUGUCUGUGAUGACAUCUAGGCGGGAACAUGGCACUUCAAACACUGGGAACUUUACCGCUGGGGAGCAUCCACAACAUGCUCCUUCUCGAGGGUCACCGAAGAACUCGGGAUGGUCAUCUGCACGUGAUGGCAAAGAGGAGAGCACUACCAAUGUCGCUGAAGAUGUGGGUGCUGUUGCGGCCUGUAGUUCCAGCAGGACGUCGGAGGCUUUCCUCAAGAGUCAAGAGGUCACCUGUGGCAUUUGCAUGGACAAGGUGUAUGAAAAGGUGGAUCCCAGAAACCAGAUGUUUGGUAUCUUGCCCAACUGCAGCCAUGCCUUCUGUCUGCAAUGUAUCAUGACCUGGAGGAAAACAAAGGACCUUGGCCCAGAUGUUGUGAAGACCUGUCCUCAGUGCCGGGUGAGAUCAGCUUUCUAUGUGCCCAACAAAUACUGGGUUGAAGGUCAAGCCAAGGAACGUCUCAUCGCUGACUUCAAAGAGAAAUUCAGUAAACAAAGCUGCAGUUACUAUGCACGAUACAAAUGCUGCCCCUUUAAGACUGAGUGCCUGUACCGCCAUGACAAAUCUGCACGGCGUGGCUCGUUUCUGUACAACACCGAUGAUGAUGAAGAUGAUGAUGACGACGACGAUGACUACGAUAGCGUGGACCUGCUGAAUUUCUUCAUAGCCAUGACGCUUCUUGGUGCUGAAGACGACAAUGACGACAGUGACAGUGAAUUUGACAUUCCCUUUUACCUUGCAGAGUACGGCUUCUGAUGGUUUCCUUUUCUGUGUUUGCACCACCGGACGAGGCCAGAAUGAAGAGUCACUACAGCUUUGGUUCCAUGAUGGCGUAGGCAAGGGUGUUAGCCAUGUACCAUACGACUUUAUGUGAGACCAAACUAUUGCAGGUGAUUUCGCUGACCUGCUGUAGUGGACUGUUGAAAAUGAAUUAUGUAAGCUGUCUGGACCGAAUCGUUCUAGGAUUGUUUCCACUACGGCCUCUGGUUGUUUUUUAAAAAAUAGUUCCACUUUAUCAGCCUUCCUGCAGCCGUAGUGAUUCAAACAUUGACAAAGAUUGUACAUUUUCUUCCAUAACAAUUGUUGGAUUUGAGUGUAUUAGUUAAAUGGGUAUUUUAAAGGGCUGUGUGUGUGUGUGUAUGUGUGUGUGUGAAUGGUCUUAAUUGUCUAAAGAUUAAAAAAGUGCCCCAUUAUGGUUGAUGUCUGUUGGCAUUUCCUGCCUUGAUUUCCUCAUGACAGCUUGGCGUAACCUUGACAUGUUAGUUUUUUUUUUAUUUCUUUGAAAACAUUUUGUACACUGAAAAUAAACCUUCACAUUUUUAUCUCAAAA